AUGCAGGCGAUCAACCCAUCUGAUCCUCAGAUAAUAAAAGAAUUUGAUAGUCUAGCUGCGUGUGCUUCUUCUAUCCAUGCAGCCGACAGAGAAAUCUCAGAGAAAAAAAUUACUGAAUUUCAGAAUAAUGUAGAUCAACAAAGCGGAUUUGUGGUACUUCUUCUACAAAUUGCGGCAAGUGGCUCUCCCACAGCACCUUUCUGCUCUAUUGUAUUGAAGAAUACUGUAAAACGGUGUUGGGACCCAAGCAGUGCAGAACAUUGCAUUCAAGAUGUAGACAAAUCCACUAUUCGUGAGCUCAUUAUUGGUGUUAUGCUUCAGGCAGAGGUGUCCGUCCAACGCAACCUGGCUGAGGCAAUCUCGUUGAUCGCAAACGUGGACUUCCCAGCGGCAUGGCCCAAUGCACUUGCAACCAUUGUUCAAACCCUAGAGUCGGCUUCCUUGAUUUCUGUCAAGUGUGCUGCCCUUUCCACAGCUCACAGCAUCCUUGUUAAGUAUCGCGAGAAUGCAACAAUGACUGAGACGUAUGUUAAAGUUCUACGCGGCGUGUACGCCUCUUUCUCGCUGCCGCUCGUCAACGCCAUGAUGUCGCUUCUGGGCCCGAUUGAACAUGGGCCAACAGCUGAGGCCACGAUGGCAUGCAAAGGGUUUGCCGCUGCCGUUGAAUGCAUCCUGGACAUUUCCGUUCUAGACAUGACAGAGGAGCUUCUAGCUCACAAUAAAACUCUUGUGAAAAUGUUCUUGCGAUGCCUCUCAGCACAAAAUCCUGCACUGACGAGCAAUCGUUAUGACGGUGGUGCUCUAGUUGAGAUGAAGUCCGUGGUGACUUUGUGUGUGAGUCACUUUAUGAAUGUCUUUGACCAGGAUUUCGAAGACGAGGUCCCUGAGUUCCUAGAGAUGGUUUGGAAUAUGCUGGCAAGUCCUCUUAGUGUAAUGCCAGCUAUGGAUGAUUUGGUUAUUCAAGGGUUGGAGUUACUCUCGCGCGCUUGUGCGGGCAUAGCGCAAAAAUUCUUUGCGGAUGAGGCGCGUGUCAACAGCCUAUUAGAGAACGUUGUCAUCCCGAACUUGAUGCUCCGAGAGGAAGAUGAGGAUGUCUAUCAUACGGAGCCGGACGCUUACAUCCAACGUGACAUUGAGGGCUCAGACCUGCAUACACGGCGCCGUGCCGCUGGAGAGCUGGUGCGGAGUCUGAUGAAAAACGUGCCGAAUCAGUCCCGUCCGUUACUUUCCAAUGAGGUUAAUCGGCUUCUUUUGGCAGGUCUCACGGACUGGAGGGCCAAGGACGCUGGCAUUUACCUUGCCUCCUCGCUGGCGUUGGAGGGGCAUCACGUCGACUCCAGCCGUGGUGUGUCACACCAGCAGCUAAGCAAUAUGAUUCCGCUGUCGAGCUUUCUCUCGACCACUAUCUUGCCUGAACUGGAAUUUGGUAUUUCCGCCAUUAGUCCAGCUAUCAUCAAGGCAGAUUGCAUGCGGGUUGUGACCACUUUUCGAAAUCAUAUUGAUCCGACAUUGAUCCCUAAGCUCCUCGAGUCGCUGCCAAAAUGGCUUUCCACAAACGACUGGGUGCUAAUGUCGUACUCCGCGCACAUGUGUGAACGCAUGAUGUUGGUGCAGUUUAAGCAACAGAAUGUUGUGACAGAGGCAGUAUUCAGACCGUUAGCCCUCACCGUCUUGCAAGCUCUGUGCGUUGCCAUUCAGCAAACAGAGCAGCCUAAUGCUUAUAUAGCUCGAUGCCUCAUGCGAAUAUUUUUGAAAGUUCCUGGCGCCAUAGUUCCGUACGCUGGCGAUGUCGUUGUGACACUGAAUACCGUGAUACAAAAGGGGUGUCGGAACCCCUCCAACCCGGUGUUCAACCAUUGUGUGUUUGAAGUUCUCUCUAAAUGUAUUACUCUACAGCCGGAUCAGGUACAGAUAUAUGAGCAUAUACUAUGGGAUAGCAUUCAUUAUAUUCUGGCCAACGAUGUACUUGAGUUUGUCCCUUAUGUACUUCAGAUACUUUCCCAGUUAUUGCAUUUGCAUCCAGCUGGAGAGAAGGAGCCGCCAGAACACUAUAGAGAUCUCCUCGAGCCGCUUAUGGAGCCAAGUUUGUACGAGCAGAAGGGUAAUAUCCCCGCGGCAGUGUGUCUUCUGACUGAGUUCAUCGAACAUUAUCCAGAGUAUGUCCACCAAACGGGAGGCACAGUGAAACUCCUUCACAUUUUUCAUUUUCUGGUACAUCUUAAGAAUUACGACCAUGAGGGUCUCAACAUACUCACCUCCCUUAUGCUGUCAUACCCGCAUGAUGUUAUGGGUAAUUACUUGUCUGCAGCCCUACAGGUGUUACUGCAGCGCUUGCAGACCGCCAAAACACCCAAAUAUGUGCGCAUUUUGAUAAUUUUUCUAUCCAUCACCGUCUGUGUUCGAAGUGCAGAGGACUUGGUGCACCGGAUGGAAGAGAUUCAAUAUGGGCUUUUCUUCAUGAUAUUGAGCAGGGUAUGGCUGCCCAACAUGCAGAAGAUUACCGGCACCCUGGAGCGGAAAAUCUGCGUCGUGGCGUUGGCCAAGCUAUUGUGUGACAGUGAGUCUCUCCAACAAAAUCCACAGAUGUGGGCUGAAAGCGUGUUCAGUUGCUUGCGUAUGAUCCACGACACGGUUGAGGAGGAUGAUCGGUCUAGCUUCUCGCCCAGGGAAGUAACUUUGAAUGAUCUAACUCAAACACCAGAUGAGGGCUUUACAAACGCGUUUUGUCCGCUUCAGGAGGCCGUGCGCAAACCUGUUGAUGUUUGCCAGACUGUGACGGAUGCUAACCAAUACUUUAAGGAACAUAUCAAGGAGCUUUUAAGUGGUCGUGGGGCUCCUCUGAUGAAGGUAUUGCAGGAGUACCUCUCACCACAGUUGCUGGCACUAAUCCAAUAG